UAUCGAUUGACAUGUUAUCGGUUGCCAUAGUAACCAGAGUAACAACAUUUGGCUGUCGAUUGAAUUUAUUUUUAGCAAUAAAUAAUUUGCUCGUUUUUCGAGCGUUUGUUUUGUAAAAACAUGGUGUUUUGUGUGUGAAAGCGAAUGAUGUCAGUGCUGAGUCUGAUUCCGGAGGAUAAACGUAAAGAUCAAAGAAAAGAAUCCCUGGAGAGCGUAUACAGCAGUAACUCCCGUUUGAACUUGUUGCACAAGCGCAAGCGAAUGAACCCUCUGACGAUGGACGCGUCCAACACGUCGCUCGGCAAGUCGGGAGACAGAUACGUGACGCAGCGCGUGCUGUCCGCCAAGACACACAGGGUCAAACAGCUGCAGAAUCAGCUCUCUGAUGCGCAUUAUCACUUACAGGAACUAAGCAACGAAAAUAGAGUACUACGAGCUAUUCAGAAGAAACAAGAAAUUGCAUUGCAAAGAUACGAGAACUCGAACGCGGAACUGCCGCAAGUCCUGAACUCUCACAACGAGGAGAUGCGGAUACAGCAGUCGAAGUACAAGCAGCUGAAGCAGCAGUACAAGGAGGCGACCAUGAAGCUGAAGGAGAGAGACAUGCAGCUGCAACAACUCAAGGAUGAGCACCAACACCUGCUGGAGCUCAGUAAAGACAGGAACCUCCUCGAACGUGAGAAACUCCAGGCACAAGUGACAGACUUGACUUCUAAAGUGCACCAACAAAACGAGACGAUCACAAUGCUGCAGCGGCGCAUAGCUCUCGAAGCGAAGAACUUCAGGCACCAACUGCAGAACGAGAUCAACAAGCAUAAGGACACGAGACACGAUCUGGACCUCGCCAUCAAUAAUGCUGAUAAACUUACUACUAUUAUUGAGAUGAAAGAGAAGAUGCUGAGCACAGCAGCGAGUAGAUCGAUCAAGUCUCCGGUGAAGACUGCGUCAGGAACCAGCAUAUCUCUGCCUAAGCAGUCGGUCAAGACCAGGUCGGAGACUGACACCAGUGCCACUAGGGGCAGAGACGAAAGAAGGGAGGACAGACAGAUUGUGGACCAAAACAUAAUGGCGAAAUUAUGUGAGAAUUCUCGCAGUAUCAGCAGUGCUCUGUCUCAUGAUGAAGAAUCGUCGUCUUCCACUGAACCUCGCUCUCGAUACGCAAGGAGUAGGACCAGUUCCACCAUUUCAAGAUCUACUCCUAACCCCGGAACUAGAAAGAGCUCCAAAGAGUCUGAUGAAAUUAUGGAGUUGGCUAAAACAGUGCAGGAUGGAAUGGCAGACCUCACCAUAUUUGACGACGAACUAGAUUUCAAAUCUUCCCCCGACGAACUGCAUAUGAAAAUGGAAGCAAUGAAGACAGAACUUAUGAAAAAAAUAAAGAGUAGUAGUGACGAAGCUCCCUCUAGAAAGACGAGUGCAUUAAGAAGAAAAUCUACAGAAGAAUCUAUAGAAGAACAAGUGGAGUUAGAAGACACAGAGCGACCCAAGUCGAGAGGUAGGAGGAACUCUAAUGUAUCUUUCUUUGAACAGGCAGCCGUUGAGGACUCCAUCACAACUGUAGCCGUACAUCAUGGAGAAAUGGAAGUGAAAACUAAACGUGAAAAUAGUUCCUUAGAACGAAGACUAGCCGGCAAGCCUUUAGAAAAGUAUUGCAAAGAUAUCAUUCAAGACAUAGAGAAGAGCAGCAAAGUCAUUGACAAACAUAUGAAAUGUUUCAACCAAUCCAGAUUUGAAAGUGAUAAAUUAGUACAACAGCUAGAGGCCGUCGAUAAAAUAAAUGAGUUUGUUAACGCGAACGUAGAAAUUCCCGAGUCGGCUUUAAAUGAAUUGAAUAAUAACUUCAAAAUGUUGACGGACCAAGUAUUUACUGAUGUCGUUCCCAUGGGAAGGAAACGAUCGAUUUCUGGUAGACGGAACUCCAAGACGAAUCUACUGGGCGACGUCAAUAUGACCAACCAGGAGAUGUUGGACGACCUACUGGGGAAGAAAUGAUAUACGGCCUUAGAAACAAAACUAUUACAUUCGGACUGACAUUGAGCGCGGCAAAUCUCGCUCGUUUGUACUUAGAAAAAACGACUUGACUUGCCGAGAGAUUCGCUUCAAACUAAUUGGGUAGUUCAGUCAACGCCCGGCGUUCAUUAGGCUAAACCAACAUUUUUCACUUAAUUAACUUGAGUUUUAUUCUGAACAGAACCGCCGCUUUUCAUAGUAAAUUGGAGGUCUCUUGUGAUUGUAAUUAGAAAACAACUUUGUUGAGAGAUUAGACGACGGAUUUGUGAGUAAAUUUCGCAGAAGUUCUGUAAACUACGAACCCAAUAAUGUUACAUAAACGUCUCUAAUUAAAUUAACCGGUCACGUAACAGAUUUAGCUGCAAAUGAUGGAGGUAAUUGGCUGUGGCAAACUUCAGCUACGCAUUACUUUAAUCCGACAUUUUUGACUAGGUAAUCGCUUUUGUUUUAGUACUUAUCAAAUUAGUUCAUAACUUCGGAAUUGGUAUUUUUGAAAAAUUACAGUUAAUUUUGCAAUUUCUUACGAAUGUUACGCUUGCGUAGGAAAAUUAUUUCCUAGAGAAUUUUCAGAUAAUACAAUGCUACAUAAAGAGUUUAAUCGAAACAAAAGCUUUAGUUACAAAUGGAAGGAGAUUUCCAUUUAAAUAUUUGAGUCUAGAGACUAGAUAGCGCUAGUAAUCUCUUUAAAUAAUAAAUAAAAUUACUAAUCUAACUUAGAAGUACAAUGCCUAAUUUAGGUAAACCAUUUCCCUGGCUAAUUCCACUGAAAGUUUUAAAACAUUAAAUGUCACUUGGAAAACCAAAUUAAGGAGUUUGUAGAUAUUAGAAAACUUGAGAGUACCUAGGCCUAGGUACUUGUAAACAUAAUCAUUAAUAUUUUCUAGAAUUAGACAUUAAAUCUAGGAAUUAUUGAUAUUUUGAAAAGGUAAGGUAGGUAUGAUUUAAGUAUUUAUUUUGUCUUAUACAAUUAGCAAUGUGUUCAGAAGUAAUUCGGGAAUAUAUGUACGUUGCAUUAAAAACUAUUUAAUUUGUUUUGAACGAUUGUAAUAAAUUAUUUUGAUUGCUUUUAAAGGAAUGUUGGUUAUAAAUAAAAAGAUAAAUCAUGGUGUAGGUGUAAUAAAUAGUUUGAUUGCAGAAGCGAAUACUUAUAAGUAUUCAUCGAGGCAAAUUGUGUGUAGAUUGUGGGCUUUGCAGAGAUCACAUUUAAUAGGAGUAAUGGCUAAUUCUAAUAACCUAUUUGCUAGUAAAGUUUGGGUACUAGACAAGGAAUUUUGAUUAACCGACUUCAAAAAAGGAGUCCCUAAGUGUGUUUUUCCGCGAUUAUCUCGCUAUUA